AUGUCUACCAUAGACCACCAACCCUCCCCUUGUUUCUGCAUCGAAGCAGUACCCAGGAAAGAGAAAAAAUGGCUUUCGCUUCUGUCUCUGCGAUUCGGCACAGUGCUAUGUACAAUGAUAGCGAUAAUCUGCUUUGCUUGGGCCAUGGUACAACAUCAUGAAGGAGUCGUUUCAACCGAUGGGCUGGGAGAAGCAUGGUCUAGCAUGAACCUAGGCACAGCCUCAUACGGAUUCGUCUGGUCCACUAUCUUUCUCAUCGUCGUCUUUUGCAACUGCGCUGUUCACCCUGGUGUAAUCGUUGCAUUCGAUUGCAUUGCUUUUAUUGCCCAGGUUAUCACAGUCUGUUUCCAUUUGCACGAGCUUGUCUAUUAUAACCUUGGUGGUUAUGGUUACUCCAGUACCCAUGAUCUUGGCCCAUUGUAUGGGGCUGAGUGCUUGGGGUGUUCAAUGAUACUUCUUGGAAUCCUCUUCAACCUCAUCCUUUGUGUGCGUGCCUCUAUCGCCUGUCAUAGGCUGCGGAAGGCUAGAAAGCAGCCGAACGCCAAACAGGCUUUCGACGCUUGA